CGGGAAAUUUGGUGUACGGUAAGCCCUUGCACAGGGAAGUGCUUGGCAGUACACCAGGGAAAUUUGGUAAUAGGAAAAAUGGGAAAUAUGAGUUCCAGGGGACAGGGAGAUAUCCCUGGGGGAGUGCCUACCGACUGCCCUUUAGGAAGGAUGUUGAGAAAUUGGAAGAAUAACCCCAAAACUAAGGAAAAAGAUAGGAAGAAAAUGGUUAAAUAUUGUGUAUCAGUCUGGACAAAAGAACCAAUUAAAGGAACUGCAGUAUUUUGGCCAAAAUACGGGUCUGACAAAGAUUGGGUAUGUCAGGCCUUAAAUUUGUAUGUUAAUAACAAAUUUCCAUUUUCAGAAGAAGAAUCGGAGUAUGCAGCUUGUUGGAUACGAGGAACAAAUUUGGUUUUGAGCAAAAAUCAGAAUAAAAAGGGAAAGAAAGAGGAAGAGACAAGUGAUAAAUGGGACCUUUUGGAUAACUUACCUCCUCCUUAUAACCCCCAAGAUGCUGCAGCAGCAGCGGUUGCUGUAGCAGUUUCUCCGAGAGAAGAGACAGGAACUAUAGAUAACAUUAGCUCUGGGAACAGGAGGUACCCCAGACUGGUAAAAGAAUUGGAACAAUGUGAAAAAGACCUUGAGAAUUUUCCACUCCCUGGUACUAAUACUACUAACACUAUUGAAGCUGCUAUGUAUCCUCUCCGUGAAGUGCCGCUGGGACCUGGACAGAUAGGAUAUGUAAAUGCCCCCCUUUCUAGCAGAGAAGUGCAAAAUUUUAAAAAGGAAAUGAAAUCUCUGACUGAGGACCCCAUUGCAUUAGCAGAACAGUUAGAUCAGUUUUUGGGACCCAAUCUAUAUUGCUGGGGAGAAAUGAUGGCAAUUCUGAAUCUGCUAUUCUCAGGGGAAGAACGAAGAAUGAUUAGAAGAGCAGCAAUGCGGGAAUGGGAAAAGGAUCAUCCUCCAGGAGAUGCAGUGAUUCCAGCAGAGCAAAAAUUUCCAAAUGUGGACCCUAAUUGGAACAACAAUAAUGUGCAGGAUAGGGUUAACAUGAGAGACUUGAGAGAAAUGGUAAUUAGAGGAAUUAGAGAAGCAGUACCUAAGUCUCAGAAUUUUAUUAAAGCCUUUGAGGUUCAGCAGAGUAAAGAUGAAACUCCAAGUGAUUUCUUGGAAAGGCUCAGGGACAGGAUGCGAAAGUAUUCAGGAAUGAAUCCUGAUGACCCUGUAGCGCAGGGGCUUUUGAAGAUUAAUUUUGUGAUGAAAGCGUGGCCGGACAUACAAAGGAAACUUCAGAAAUUGGAGGGGUGGAAUGAACAGCCAUUAGAAAAACUUUUGAGGGAAGCGCAGAAAGUGUAUGUUAGAAGGGAAGAUGAAAAGCAGAAGCAAAAGACGAAAAUGAUGAUCUCCACAGUGAAUCAAGUGGUGGGGCAGAGAAUGGGGAACCGACGGGAAAAGAAGUUUCAAGAAAGACAAGGAUUGGGAUGGAAUCAAGAAGAAAAAGGGAACAGGAAUGUGAAAUCAAAGUGGCCACCUCCUUCUCAGCCACGGCAGGUACAGGAAGGAUGUUAUAAAUGCAGGCAAACAGGACAUUUUAAACGAGAAUGUCCUGAAUGGAAAAGGGAAGAAAGAUUGUUUACCAUCAUAAACUCUUGUCCUGGUUUCAGUUAGGACAGAGUUAAU